AGUUUACGCAGGGGACGACAUGCGCUCGCGCUGAGAGCUUUCCCUCUUUCUUCAUCUCUCCUCUCAGAGAGCGAUAGGGCCGAAAGAUGCAGAAGAGUGUCCGCUACAACGAAGGGCACGCGCUGUUCCUGUCGUUCGUCGCGCGUAAAGAGGGCACCAAGCGCGGCUACCUGAGCAAGAAGACGGCGGAGAACAGCCGCUGGCACGAGAAGUUCUUCGCCCUCUACCAGAAUAUACUGUUCUAUUUCGAGAACGAGCAGAGCGCGCGACCUGCUGGGAUUUACCUGUUGGAAGGAUGCACCUGCGAGCGCACGCCGGCGCCCAAGUUGUCCACAGCCGGGAAGGAGGCGCUGGAGAAACAGCACUACUUCCUGAUUGUGUUUGGUCACGAUGGACAAAAACCUCUGGAGCUGCGGACAGAUGAGGAGAGUGAGUGUGACGAAUGGGUGGAGGCCAUCCAGCAGGCGAGCUAUUCGGACCUCAUUAUUGAACGAGAAGUGCUGAUGCAGAAAUAUAUCCACCUCGUUCAAAUUGUAGAGACUGAGAAGGUGGCAGCCAAUCAGCUGCGCACUCAGCUGGAGGACCAGGACACUGAAAUUGAGAGGCUCAAAUCAGAGAUUGUAGCUUUGAACAAAACUAAGGAGCGGAUGAGGCCGUAUCAUGUCUACCAUACAAACGACGAUCCAGACAUAAAAAAAAUCAAAAAGGUGCAAAGUUUCAUGAGAGGCUGGCUCUGUCGCAGGAAGUGGAAAAUCAUUGUUCAGGACUACAUUUGUUCUCCUCAUGCUGAGAGCAUGAGGAAGAGGAACCAGAUCGUCUUCAAUAUGGUGGAGGCUGAGACAGAGUACGUCCACCAGCUCUAUAUUCUGGUCAACUGUUUCCUCAGACCUUUGAGGAUGGCUGCCAGUUCCAAGAAGCCCCCCAUCAGCCACGACGACGUGAGCAGCAUUUUUCUCAACAGUGAGACCAUCAUGUUCCUACAUGAGAUUUUCCAUCAGGGUCUGAAGGCGAGGAUAGCCAACUGGCCAACACUGGUGCUGGCUGACUUGUUCGACAUCCUGCUGCCAAUGCUCAACAUCUACCAGGAGUUUGUGCGUAACCAUCAGUACAGUCUGCAAGUUUUGGCCAACUGCAAGCAGAACAGAGACUUUGACAAGCUGCUGAAGCAGUAUGAGUCUAAUGCUGCCUGUGAGGGGAGGAUGCUCGAAACCUUCCUCACAUAUCCCAUGUUCCAGAUUCCCCGUUACAUCAUCACCCUGCAUGAACUGCUGGCUCACACUCCCCAUGAGCACGUGGAGCGCAAAAGUCUUGAAUUUGCCAAGUCCAAAUUAGAAGAACUGUCCAGAGUAAUGCACGAUGAGGUGAGCGACACAGAAAACAUCCGGAAGAAUCUGGCCAUUGAGAGGAUGAUUGUUGAGGGCUGUGACAUCCUGCUGGACACCAGCCAGACCUUCGUCAGGCAGGGUUCUCUGAUCCAGCUGCCAUCAGUGGAGCGAGGGAAACUAAGCAAGGUCCGUCUGGGCUCACUGUCGCUGAAGAAAGAGGGGGAAAGGCAAUGCUUUCUAUUCACCAAACACUUUCUAGUGUGCACUCGCAGCUCUGGGGGAAAACUGCACCUUCUUAAGCAAGGUGGAGUUUUGUCACUGAUUGAAUGCACUCUUAUAGAAGAACCGGACACCAAUGAUGAAGAAUCUAAAGCUGGUGGGCAGGUGUUUGGUCAGCUGGACUUUAAGCUGGUAGUAGAACCUUCAGAUUCGCCUUCAUUUACCGUGGUGCUGCUGGCUCCAUCGCGACAGGAGAAGGCUGCAUGGACCAGUGAUAUUAGCCAGUGCAUAGAUAACAUCCGCUGUAACGGCUUGAUGACCAGCGUGUUUGAGGAAAACUCUAAAGUCACCGUGCCGCACAUGAUCAAAUCCGAUGUGCGCCUCCAUAAAGAUGAUGUUGACAUUUGCUUCAGCAAGACGCUCAACUCCUGCAAGGUCCCCCAGAUCCGCUACGCCAGCGUGGAGCGGCUGCUGGAGAGGCUGACCGAUCUGCGCUUCCUCUCCAUAGACUUCCUGAACACCUUCCUGCACACCUACAGGAUCUUCACCACAGCAGCUGUGGUCAUGGACAAGCUGGCUGACAUCUACAAGAAGCCUUUCUCCUCCAUUCCUAUCAGGUCCUUGGAGUUGUUUUUUGCCACCAAUCAAAAUAAUCGAGGCAGCGAUAGCAUGAACGACAGAUCCCCUCGCCUCUGCCGCAAGUUCUCCUCCCCUCCUCCAUUAUCCAUCUCGUCCCGCACCUCCUCCCCAGUCCGAACCCGAAAGCUUUCCCUUCACUCCCCCAUCACUGCCAGAAUCGGAGGACUAGACUUGGCGUCUCCUCUGUCCAACUCCAUUAUGAACCACAGCUCUUCCCAGUCUGCUGGCAGUAGCCCCACAUCCACCCACACUCCUCAGACACCAACACCUCAGACACCGACUCCAACUACUACCUCUCCUCCGUUCUCCUCCACCUCUCCUCCUCCCAACAAUCCCAAGUCACCGCAGGAUCAGACUCCUCUGACUCCGUCGUCACCUGAGCAGAGUCCAUGUCCAGCAGGGGAGGGGGACGAGGUGCCGAAGAUCGACCCUUUCUGUGGGAAACUGCGAAGGAGCAUUCGGAGAACUGUGUUGGAAUCAGCGUCUUUGGAGAAAAUCAUCCCUGAGUCUCCACAGAGCAGCGACGCAGGAGACAUGUCUCCGUGUCGCUCUCCGUCUACGCCUCGACACCUUCGCUACAGACAGCCUGGAGUCCAGUCUGGGGAGAAUUCACGCUGCUCAGUUUCUCCUGCAUCAGCUUUUGCUAUUGCAACUGCAGCUGCAGGACAUGGUACCCCACCAGUGUUUACCAACUCCGAGAGAACCUGUGAUAAAGAGUUCAUCAUCCGCAGAGCUGCGACUAACAGAGUUCUCAACGUGCUGCGUCACUGGGUCUCCAAACACUCACAGGACUUUGAGAUGAAUGGGGAGCUAAAGAUGUCAGUGAUCUAUCUCCUGGAGGAAGUGCUCAGAGAUCCAGACCUUCUGCCUCAGGAGAGAAAAGCUACUGCCAACAUAUUGAGCGCCCUUUCUCAAGAUGAGCAGGAAGAUGCGCAGCUGCGGAUAGAAGAUAUUUUACAGAUGGCGGACUGUCCAAAGGCAGAGUGUUUUGAGUCUCUGUCGGCGAUGGAGUUGGCUGAGCAGAUCACUCUGCUCGAUCACAUCGUCUUCAGGAGCAUCCCCUAUGAGGAGUUCCUGGGCCAGGGCUGGAUGAAGGUGGACAAAACUGAAAGGACUCCCUACAUCAUGAAAACAAGUCAACACUUCAAUGAUAUGAGUAACCUGGUGGCUUCCCAGAUUAUGAGCCAUACUGAUGUUGGGUCGAGAGCCAACUCCAUUGAGAAGUGGGUAGCAGUGGCAGACAUCUGUCGCUGUCUGAACAACUACAACGGAGUGCUGGAGAUAACAUCUGCUCUCAACCGCAGUGCCAUCUACCGUCUGAAGAAGACCUGGGCUAAAGUCUGCAAACAGACUAAAGCUCUGAUGGACAAACUGCAGAAGACUGUGUCCUCUGAAGGAAGAUUUAAAAACCUGAGGGAGACACUGAAAAACUGCAACCCUCCAUGUGUGCCAUACCUGGGAAUGUAUCUAACAGAUUUGGCCUUUAUAGAAGAAGGAACUCCAAAUUUUACAGAGGAGGGCCUCGUUAACUUCUCCAAAAUGAGAAUGAUUUCCCACAUCAUCCGAGAGAUCCGGCAGUUCCAGCAAACACCUUACAGGAUAGAGCACCAAGCCAAGGUGACUCAAUACCUUCUGGAUAGAAGUCUGACCAUGGAUGAGGACACGCUCUAUGAUCUCUCGCUGAAGAUUGAGCCCCGGCUGCCGGCCUGAAUCUGUUCGUGGCCUGUGAGAGCCUGCCAAACCUCAGAGGGUGACACGCCCGUGCAAUCUUAUCAGUCAAGAGCAACUUGUUGGGAGCAACAUGAAAACAAGAAGGGAUUCUUCUGCAGGGCACUGAAAAGAAGUGGAAGAGAAUCGACAUGAGUGAUUGUCUUUUAAAGAGGACCAGGAACAGGAUAUGAAUGUGCUGGAUGCUGAGCCCAAAGGUUUUGAGGAAACUACAUGUCGCUGUUUGUGCUCAUCAUUCCUCAGUAAAGAGUGUGGUGCACGUUGCACUCUUCAUCAGACAGCUUGAGAGAGGGCAGGGAAGGAAGAGAGCUUGGAGUCAGUGGAUGUGACGCGGUACAGAUGUCAGAGAUGUAGCAUACACAGGAAGUGAGAGAUGUCUGAGCUUGUGUCUCUGUCUGUGUUCUCUUGCUUGUGCAUUUCCACGCCGUGU